UCUGCCCGGCGCCGGCGUCCUCUUCCCGGGGCAGGCGUCCCCCUGGGGGUCGGCCGGGCAGUGCCAGAGCUGCCCUGAGCAGGAGCGAGAGGCGGCCCGGCCGCUCCUCCUGCCGCGGCGCGAGCCCAGCGGCUGGCAGGACGGGGAGCAGAAGAGAGAAGUCCGGGCGCCGCAGGGGAGCCCCAGGAAGGGGUCGCUGGAGAAGUUGUUUUCAGAGUAGAAAAAUCUUGUGGAGAAUGAAGACGCUGACACUGGGUUUUACAUGAUAUUCCCACUGGCGGGAAGAAUCACAUUUUCCCAGAAGCCCCUGAGUCUGGAGCCUGGUGAGCCCUCCUGCCUUUGCUCCCCUGGAAACACCUGCAGUAGGAACCCAAGGAUUCCCGGCUCACCCGUGCGCGCCAAGGACGGAAGAUGUAACCACGACAGACUUCCAGUAUAAGGACAUUUCCUAAAGGGUCAAGUGUAACAGGCAGGAUGGAGAGACUUGCAUCUAAGAGCAUAAACAUCUCAGAGUGCGUGGAAGCUGAUGGAUGUUAAUCCAUGCAACUCCUAGAGGAAGCCGAAGAAGGCAAGGAGAUGGAUCCUCCUCCAGCGCCUGGGGAGCGGCGUGGAGGACUCAGCCCAGCCAGACAUCCGCAGCCCAGUGACACCCACCUCAGACUUCUGCCCUAGAGAACUGGCGCUCCUCUGGCUGUUUUGGGCCCUCCCGGCCUCCGCCUUCCGGGCGGUCACGUGCCUCGGCUCACGUGACCUGCGCUUCUGUUGUUCCGCUGCGGCUUCCUCCUGCCUGUAAGGCCCUUCACGUCCGCUCGGUGCCGAAUCAGGCUCGCUUUCUGGCGCUGUGUCCCCGCCGCCGCUCAGGCCUGCGGACUCGGCAGGAGACCCGACUCGGCGCCCCAGCACGCCGGCGGUCCCGACUCCGGACCGCCGCAUCUUCCCGCCGCCUUGGGGUCCGCAGAACAACAUUCAAGAUCAUAAAUUUAGACCAAGAUGGACAUCCGGGGUGCCGUGGAUGCAGCUGUUCCAACCAACAUCAUUGCUGCCAAGGCUGCAGAAGUUCGUGCCAACAAAGUGAACUGGCAGUCCUACCUUCAGGGGCAGAUGAUUUCUUCCGAAGACUGCGAAUUCAUUAAAAGAUUUGAAAAGAAAAGAAGUCCUGAGGAGAAGCAGGAGAUGCUUCAGACUGAAGGCAGUCAGUGUGCUAAGACAUUUAUAAAUCUGAUGACUCAUAUCUCCAAAGAGCAGACGGUUCAGUACAUACUCACCAUGGUUGAUGACACGCUGCAGGAGAAUCACCAGCGCGUUAGCAUUUUCUUUGACUAUGCUAAACGUAGCAAGAACACUGCCUGGUCCUACUUUCUGCCGAUGUUGAAUCGCCAGGAUCUCUUUACUGUUCAUAUGGCAGCAAGAAUUAUUGCCAAGUUAGCAGCUUGGGGAAAAGAAUUGAUGGAAGGCAGUGACUUAAAUUACUAUUUCAAUUGGAUAAAGACUCAGCUGAGUUCACAGAAACUGCGUGGUAGCGGUGUUGCUGUUGAAACAGGAACAGUCUCUUCAAGCGAUAGCUCUCAGUACGUGCAGUGUGUGGCCGGGUGUCUGCAGCUGAUGCUCCGAGUCAACGAGUACCGCUUUGCCUGGGUGGAAGCAGACGGGGUGAACUGCAUCAUGGGAGUUCUGAGUAACAAGUGUGGCUUUCAGCUCCAGUAUCAGAUGAUUUUUUCUAUAUGGCUCCUGGCGUUCAGUCCUCAGAUGUGUGAACACCUGCGACGCUACAACAUCAUUCCUGUUCUGUCCGACAUCCUGCAAGAAUCGGUCAAAGAGAAAGUGACAAGAAUCAUUCUUGCAGCAUUCCGGAACUUCUUAGAAAAAUCAACUGAAAGAGAAACUCGCCAAGAGUAUGCUCUGGCUAUGAUUCAGUGCAAAGUUCUGAAACAGUUGGAGAACUUGGAACAGCAGAAGUAUGAUGAUGAAGAUAUCAGUGAAGAUAUAAAAUUUCUCUUGGAGAAACUUGGUGAGAGUGUCCAGGAUCUUAGCUCAUUUGAUGAAUAUAGUUCAGAACUUAAAUCUGGAAGAUUGGAAUGGAGUCCUGUGCACAAAUCUGAGAAAUUUUGGAGAGAAAAUGCUGUGAGGUUAAAUGAGAAGAAUUAUGAGCUCUUGAAGAUUUUGACCAAACUUCUGGAGGUGUCCGAUGACCCACAAGUCUUAGCUGUUGCUGCCCAUGACGUCGGCGAGUACGUUCGGCAUUACCCGCGAGGCAAGCGGGUCAUCGAGCAGCUCGGCGGGAAGCAGCUGGUGAUGAACCACAUGCACCACGAGGACCAGCAGGUGCGCUACAACGCCCUCCUGGCCGUGCAGAAGCUCAUGGUGCACAACUGGGAAUAUCUUGGUAAACAGCUCCAGUCUGAGCAACCGCAGACUGCAGCUGCCCGGAGCUGAACGGGCGCUCAGCCGCGGGGUCUCCAGCGCCCCUUCGCCUGGGGCAGAAGACCUGGAGUGUGAGUCUCAGUGAUUAGAACAAAUAAUUUCUCAUUUUACGUGUCAUUUUCUUCUGUUGUGUAGCUUUCCCCAGUGCUGAUUUCAACACGAGUGUUUGCCCGUUACUUUGUAUUAAAGUAGGUCCUCUCUGUAUCAAAGGAAAACAUUACUGUUACAUAUACUGCUUGUAAUUUCUAUAUUUAUUGUUCUCUGGGAAUGAAUAUAGAAUUAUUAAAGAUUCUCACUCCAAAUAUGUUUUUGUCUUUCCUUGUUCCUGACUUGGCCUUUAACACAAAUACCUCUUGUCCCAGCCAAAUUGGGAGAAUUGUAUUUGCAAAAUAGUGAAUGGUAAAUAAAUGUUUUGAAAUUAUAUGUA